GUCUUCUCCAUGCGGCUCGUGCUAUGACAGCCUCCGUGCUCCUCCACCCCCGCUGGAUCGAGCCCACCGUCAUGUUUCUCUACGACAACGGCGGCGGCCUGGUGGCCGACGAGCUCAACAAGAACAUGGAAGGGGCGGCGGCGGCGGCGGCGGCGGCGGCAGCGGCGGCGGCGGCUGGGGCCGGGGGCGGGGGCUUCCCCCACCCGGCGGCUGCGGCCGCGGGGGGCAACUUCUCGGUGGCGGCGGCGGCCGCGGCGGCGGCGGCGGCCGCGGCCAACCAGUGCCGCAACCUGAUGGCGCACCCGGCGCCCCUGGCGCCCGGCGCCGCGGCCGCCUACAGCAGCGCGCCCGGGGAGGCGCCCCCGUCGGCCGCCGCCGCCGCUGCCGCCGCCGCCGCCGCUGCAGCGGCGGCGGCGGCGGCGUCGUCCUCAGGAGGACCGGGCCCCGCGGGCCCAGCAGGCGCCGAGGCCGCCAAGCAGUGCAGUCCCUGUUCGGCGGCGGCGCAGAGCUCGUCGGGGCCCGCAGCGCUGCCCUACGGCUAUUUCGGCAGCGGCUACUAUCCUUGCGCGCGCAUGGGCCCGCACCCCAACGCCAUCAAGUCGUGCGCGCAGCCCGCCUCGGCCGCCGCCGCCGCUGCCUUCGCGGACAAGUACAUGGACACCGCCGGCCCCGCGGCCGAGGAGUUCAGCUCCCGCGCUAAGGAGUUCGCCUUCUACCACCAGGGCUACGCACCCGGGCCUUACCACCACCACCAGCCCGUGCCUGGCUACCUGGAUAUGCCGGUGGUGCCGGGCCUCGGGGGCCCCGGCGAGUCGCGCCACGAGCCCCUGGGUCUUCCCAUGGAAAGCUACCAGCCCUGGGCGCUGCCCAACGGCUGGAACGGCCAAAUGUACUGCCCCAAAGAGCAGGCGCAGCCUCCCCACCUCUGGAAGUCCACUCUGCCCGACGUGGUCUCGCAUCCCUCAGACGCCAGCUCCUACAGGCGGGGGAGGAAGAAGCGCGUCCCUUACACCAAAGUGCAAUUAAAAGAACUCGAACGGGAAUACGCUACAAACAAAUUCAUUACCAAGGACAAACGGAGGCGGAUAUCAGCCACGACGAAUCUCUCGGAGCGACAGGUUACAAUCUGGUUCCAGAAUAGGAGGGUCAAAGAGAAAAAAGUUAUCAACAAACUCAAGACCACUAGUUAAUGGAUUAAAAGUGGAGCUAGAGAGCAACUUGAAGAAAUUCUUCAGAACUCGUUGCUUUGCCCAGAUAAUGGUUAUAAUGCUAAUAAUAAUUGAAGAAUGGGAAAGAGAAAGAGACACUGGCAUUUUGCUUUUCUAAGGGGGAUCUCUUUCUCCUGUGGAAUCUACAACUCUUUUAAAACUUAAAGAAAUGGUAAAGACUGCCAGUUCUCCCGCCAACUCCGACAGACCAUUAAAUGACAAACUCUAGAGUCAAACAUCAGCCCCCCAAAUACGCAAUUUCAGAUAAGUUUACCCUUUUACUGAAAUCUUGUAAGUAUUUAUGUGACCGUUAUAUUUUAGGACACUAUGUUAUGUGAUAAUGAUCAAUGAUCGGAAAGUUGGUUACAAAUGCAAGAGGCUGUUGUAAACAUCUGCUUGUCUUCUGGGUCACCAUUACCAUCCCCUUUGCAUGUUAAGUGACUGCUCAGGUAAAUCUUAGUGAAAUUCCUACCGUUGUUGUAUAUUCUGCAAAACCCGUCAUGUAUAGAUUUAGAAAGGAAAGGAGAAGAAGGUACUGAAAUAAUGAUCUUGGACUAUUUACUAUGAAGGGGCAAAGGGAGAGAAAGCUCUUCCGAGGAUCGUUUGUCUUGGGAGUAAAUACAACCAUCGGAGUGAGCCUUUGAGGCCAUAGGAGAACCCCGGGUUGGGAAUGUCCUUCUGAUAAUAAGUUUUAAUUGCUUAUGACAAGGUUUUUUUGUGGCAUUUGGACAAUAUUUUCUGCCCCAAUAUAAUCUACUUUUCAAAGGAUUUGAUACGUUUAAAAAUAUUUAAAGCAUCAGAUAAUUCACAGAAUUCACUUUAUGUCAGAUCUUCUGAGAGGUCCCACCCUAACAUGGUGGCCUUUGGUUUGAAUACAAUUAAUUUUUCACGUAAAUUGAUAUUUCCCAAUAUUUACAAACAUUGGCUAGAGAAAUAUUUUGUUUUUAUUUUUAGAAAACUCAAAACGGAAAUCCAUUCCCCCUGAAACAUUUAGAUGUUUACAUUCUAUAUUUUUGAUCUGUUAAGGGAUUAGUAUUUUUUCCUUGUUUAUUGUGUUAUGAGACUGCAUUAGAAACUUUAGGGGUUCAUCUUCACAGCACAUUUUUAAUCAAACAGUUAUUUCAACCAGCACAUUCAUUUUGUCCAUAUUCACUAUAAAAUGCUAUCUUGUAAAUAAAGACAUUCAGCACACUGUGAAAAUGUAUUUGUGCACCUGCUUUUCAAAUAUUUCUAC